UGGUCAACAUCCCACUGAAAUGAAUUCAGGAAUUAGUAAAAAUCAUGUCCAGUCUGGGUGAUAGUGAAAAUGUUUAUGCCACUUUCAUUUGGUGUCAGAAUGAAAGACAUCAUUUGAUUGGCGAAUGGGUAUAUGGACAGAUGAUUAUAGAUAUAAGUUUACUCACUUUUAUAAAUUACUCACUUUUCAAAGAUAUAAAAUAGUCCUAUUCUACUAAUUCUCAGAAUUUAAUUGAUAUGUCUAGCAGUUCAUACAUAGUUGAGUUGUAAUAUUGCGUUUACACACAAUUUUCACUUCAAGUCGAAUGCAAUUAUUUUUUGAAAUCAAGUAUGUGUUUUGAUGCCUAUGGUACCAACAAUUAUACAUGCCUAGUGGGAUUCUAAUUCAAAAAUUUAUGAAAAGUGACGGAUAGAAUAAGUAUAUUUUAAUCAAGAUGUACAAAUUCUUCCCGUCUUGCUUCAGCACUUUUAUCUAGGAUAUUGCUGGAGCAUAUCUACUUCUACCAUGAAUGUUUAUAUCAUAUACUAUAUGCCUAUUUAUUUUAGUUUGGUUCAUGUUGUUAUUUUGCGUUUUUAUUUAUUCCGUAGAAAAUUCAUUGAAAAUAUGAUACAAAUGUCACCAAGCAGUACUAAAACAAGGGGAAACUAAAGAGGAUAAAUGAUCACCAUUGUACCAAUUUUUCAUGUUGUUUUGUUCUAAAUAAUAAAACUCUUAUGAAUCCAUUUCUUUAGAUACAGCCAUAAUAUGCAUUUACGAAAAUGGGUUAUAAAAUCAAAAAAUUUAUGCUGUGUUUGACAUUAGCAAUAGUUGUAGGAUGUUGCCUGCAACAAACAUUUGGUUAUGGUGUUCAUGAGCAACUUUGGCUACAUGUUAUAUAUCCUGAAGAACUAUCUUAUUAUUUCAAAAUACUACCUGCAAAAGACUUUGGUGGUGUACUUGAUAGGCCAUUGAAGGGAAUUCCGAUGAUAGUAGCAGAUCCAUGGGAAGCAUGUACUAACACCAUAAAUAAUGGUAAUAUUAUCCGAGGUCGUGUGGUGCUGGUGCGACGUGGAGAAUGCUCGUUCGUAACAAAAUCUUUGAAUAUGCAAAAACAUGGGGCAAAGGCAAUAGUGAUAACGAACUACAAUGAAAGGGACAUCGACACAUGGAUUGACAUGUCGGAUGAUGCAACUGGUCGGGUUCAGGAUGUUACAAUUCCGACUUUUUAUCUCUUGGGAAUGGAUGGUCAUAAGAUGAAGCAAGUUUUGUCCGAUCCUUACAGGAGUUUUGCUUUAGUAAAUAUCCCUGCUAAUGUGACAAAUCCAUCCGGUAUCUUGCAACCAAAAUGGGACAUUUGGUGAAUCCAUUAAAUAAUAUAAUUUUGCUGUUAUAUCAUUUAUUUCUCAAGGAAAUGGAUUUUGAUCACUGUGUAGGAUAAAUCAUUUACAUAUAUUACUUCGUUCAUAUAAAUCAUUACUCUUUCCGAAUUGUUUACAAAUGUUGCCUAAAUUAACAUCCAAAGUGUUACUGUAAUAAUACAUGUGCCAAUUGUGCUAUUUGAUCAGCUGCUAGUUUUAUGUUUUCCAUUAAACCUAAUUUCCUUAAAUAUGAUUCUGUGGAAUAUCAAUAUGAUGGCUUGAGAGUGGAA